AUGGCAGGUAAUGGUGGGAAUAUCCCCAAAUUUGGUGAGUGGAAGACCACUGACGGGGGCUCCCCGUAUACCAUGUACUUUGAGAAUGCGAGGAAGCGAAGGAACAACAGUGGCAUAUCGGUUCCCCCUGAGGCAUCUCCAGCUCGCACUAACACUGUCCCAAGUGGCCAUAGAACCCCUCCACGAGCUCCUGAUGUCAAGCCACUGAGACAACAGGACGGCGCCAACCGCUCGCGAAACCAAGCCAAAGCUGCACAAGGUAGCUCAGUGCCAACAUGGGGCCAGUGGAAUGAAAGCAACAGUGGUGCAGGUGCUCAGCAGUAUACACUUGUGUUUGACCAACUAAGGGAGGAAAGGAGGAGUGCUCCUCCAACACCUAGCAUCGAGCAACCACAACAACCUACUCAGAAUCGAUCCACUCAACACGAUCUCUAUGAGCAUGCACCCAAGGGAUUUAAAUGUUGUGGGUUGUUUUGA